GAUAAAUAAGCUACAUUUUGAUUUCAACUACAAAUAUAUAUUUUUAUAAGAUUGUUUAAUUGUACUUGUGAUCAGUACUACUGCAUAUUCGACAAAUUUAUAUCUAUCGAUCGAUCUUAGCAAAUGGAAGGAGUGAGUUCGUUGGGAGCAUAUGGUGGUACAGGUGGUGGCCCUUGGAGCUACAUUCUGAAUUCUGAAUUGAAAGAGAUAAUCAUCCAUGAAGAUAAGAAUAUCAAAUCCAUUUCCUUCAAAGACACCACUGGCUUUACCUCUGGGACAUUCGGUGGCAACAACCCUAAUAAUCCCUUUGAUAAGGGUCAAGAGAGAAAGAUUGUUUUGAACGGGCCCGUUGAGUAUUUGAUAUCCAUUAAUGGAACACAUGGUAAGUUUAAUGAUAUACCUGAUGAUGUUAUCCUUUCACUAUCUUUCCAAACAAAUCUCAAAACAUAUGGACCAUUCGGAACCACUACCGGUGAGCCUUUCGCCAUCCCCUUAAGCGAAGACAACGUACUAGUCGGGUUUUUCGGACGCUGUGGCUACUACCUAGAUGCUCUUGGUGCUUAUGUAAAACCAGAACCAAUCAUUUCCUUUGGGGAAUGGGGUGGUUCAGGUGGAAGCCCUUUUAGUUUCAAGGUGGGGAAGAGUUGGAUAAAACAGAUCACCAUUUGCCAUGAUAGUUCAAAUAUCAAGUCUCUCUUCUUCAAGGACGGGAAUGACCUCGAGUAUGGACCUUUUGGUGGCCAGGAUCCAAACAAUCGUGGUGAACCAACAACAAUUGAUAUUAAUGGGCCUUCAGAGUUUUUGACAUCCAUAAGUGGGACAUAUGGAUAUUAUAAUGGAAUGACGGUGAUCUUAGCAUUAUCAUUUACAACAAAUCUUCAAAAAAUACAUGGACCGUUUGGAUGCGAAUUUGGCAGCACUUUCUCCCACCCAAUACAAGGUACUGGCGCCAUUGUUGGGUUUCAUGGAAAAUCAGGCCACUUCAUUGAUUCAAUUGGCAUUUAUAUCUCAAACUGGUAAAUUAAUUAACUCUUAAUAUUAAUUCUAGUUUAUUAUAAAAGAAAAUUAUUAAUUUUGGUCGUUGUUUAAUAGAAGAAUUAAGGUUGAAGAAUGGAUCAGCUGGCUGAGGUGUACGUACGUGUACAAUCGCAUAUGCAUGCUCCUGGAAUUUCGAAUAAUUAAUGUUAUUAUUUAAGUCUUUAAUUGUAAUAAGUAUGCUAUAUCCUUGACCCAUAGAACUACUCUAUGUUUGGUGUGUAAUUUGUAAUGUUUAUUUUAAUGAAUAAAAAUUCUCUCUUUUAUAUAA